AUGGUGAAACCUAAGAACCGCAGGUCUCUGAAGAUCCCAUUUAAUGAGAAGAAGUAUGGGAAGAUGGAGAACUAUUUCCCUCUGGUCGCUAAGGACCAAGAGAAUAAUUGCAAUACUCCUCAAAUGAAGAAGGGCUCUACCAAGUCUCUAAGAGAUAUUACUAACUUUGAGGCUCAAAAAGCUCACUGCACUCAGGAAAAUCCAAAAGACCAGGCCCUGAAGCCCCAACAUAAGACAAUUAGCAUCACCUUGGACUUAAACUGCAGGAACAAUGACAGAAGGAAAUAUAUGCUCACAUACAACGAGAGAGAGAGUUUGUAUGUGGCACUCAACACUGCUGAUGUUGUCAAAAAAGAGAUAAAGUCUCAGCGAGGCAAAAUGAUGUUGGUCUGUGGCAGAGAAAAACUUGAAGGGUAUAUAAACCUUGGCAUGCCCCUCAGCUGUCUUCCUGAAAUGUCCCACCUGGUAAUUACAUUUAUAGCAGGUAAACAGACACUUCGUCGGUGUGAUGAAAGAGUUUCCACUGACUGUGUCAAAUUUUAUAUUAACACAAUUGGGAAGGGGAGGAAAAAAAUCAUUAGGUAUAUGAUGCUUCACAAAAAGGGCUUAAAAUUUUGCGUGUAUGCUUUCAAAGGAGAAACUAUCAAGGAAGCACUGUGCAAGGACGGCAGGUUUCUGCCCAUUCUGGAGAACCACGUGUGGAGACUGGUUGAGAACAGUCACUCCGUUAUAGAAAACGGUCAGCGAGUGGAUGACUUAGAGGGCAAGUCAUUUGACAUUGAGUUUGAGGUUGAGAAAAGAAUGAGCCCCAGGAUAGCAGACUCCCAGAAUUCCGAGUCGGAGCAAAGACCCGUCCAAACACUGAAUAUGUACCUUGUGGACCAGUACCCAAGUUUGAAACAAGAGAGUGAAAAAAUCAGAGAAUGCUUCAACCGAGAAAUGAAAGAUAGAAAGAAAAAGGGGAACUUGUUUAACAUUCAUAAAGAAAACUUUGGGAAACUGGUUAGCAACUCUACCACGAUGAAAGAACACAAAGAUUUUUCUCAUUAUGGUCAAUCAGUUGGGUACAUGUGCUGGGACAAUAAUGGAAACCAAGGUUGUGGCACCUGCUUUGUUUUUAAAGGAUUAUACAUUCUCACUUGCCGCCAUGUUAUAAAUCUCAUUGUAGGAGAAGGAAUAGAGACCGGACAGUGGGCAAACAUAAUUAGUCAGUGUCUAAAAGUGACUUUUGAUUAUGAAGAGAAUGUGGAACAAUCAAAGAAGUACUUUACCGUUGACCCUUGGCUUGAAGUAUCUGAUGAAACUCUCGACUAUGCUGUCCUGAAACUGAAGGAAAAUGGGCAACAGGUGCCUCCAGGCCUGUACACCGGCUUGCACCCUGUGCCGCUGAAUGGGUUGUUACGUAUUAUUGGCCAUCCAGAAGGAAAGGUGAAGUCUACUGAUAAUUGUCUUGUGAUCCCUCUGAAUCAGCGAAAAGAAAAAUGUCAGGCACAUAUUCAAGCUAGACAGGCAGAAGGCUAUGACUGUUCACCAUAUGUCCAUAUGCAAACCGAGAAAAGCUUCAGGGAGAUCAUCGACAACCCCACUGUGAUUACCUAUGACACCAGUUUUUUCUUUGGGUCUUCUGGUUCCCCGGUGUUUGAUUCAAAAUUCUCAUUAGUGGCCAUGCAUACUGCUGGCUUCUCUUAUCAGUACCAAAAUGGAUGUUCCAGUGUCAUUGAGUUUGGCAUCACUAUGGAGGUCAUCCUUGACCACAUGAAGGAAAACCACAGACAAUGGUAUGAAGAGGUAGGUCUAGACCAGUUGGAUGCGGAAAUGGUGAGUGACGAAGAUUGA